AUGGUCUUCUCCAAUUUUUGGACUUGGUCUGAUAAGAUCAAAGAUGACUUGAACCAGCCUGCAAAAGUCAAUGAAGUGGAGAGGGUGGAGUGUCACUGCUGUGGAAUGUCAGAGGAUUGCACCCCAACCUACAUUUGCCGUGUCCGAGAAUUCCAUUGCGGCAAUUGGAUCUGUGGGCUCUGUGCAGAGGCAGUGAAGGAAAAAAGGAAGAAAGUUCCAUCAAUGGCGAUGGAAGAAGCAUUGGAGUCCCAUAUGGCUCUCUGUAAGCAGUUCAACAGGACAAUCAGGCUCAAUCCAGAGCUUUCUUUGGUUGGCACGAUGAGAGAUAUAGCAAGGAAGAGCUUCCAAUACAGGGCUUCCCAUGGCUCAUAUACCCCAAAGAUUGGAAGGACCAGAAGCUGUGGGGCUAAAGUCGAAAGGUCGUCGAUCCAGUGA